GGUAAAGUCCACGGUUCUUUGGCUCGUGCCGGUAAGGUCAAGUCGCAAACCCCCAAGGUUGCCAAGCAGGAGAAGAAGAAGAAGCUCACUGGUCGUGCCAAAAAGCGCGAUACCUACAAGCGCAGAUUCGUCAACGUUACCAACGCUCCCGGUGGCAAGCGUCGCGUAAGUGGAUUGAAAAAAAAAAAAAAAAAAAAAAAAAAACCAGCUUCAUGUCAUAUCAAUGGGAACGGUGGUUUUGAGUCCUCCUAUUGUUCUGUUGUUAACGUUGUGCCUUGCUCUCGUUCUGCGUUUCAUUAA